AUGUCUGGGGAGACAAAGAGAAAUCCUUCAACUUCUGUGAGAAUUGCGGAUGCGUAUGGUAGUACGGCUGAAUUUGGCGUCAAUACAAGGAAUAUGGACCCCAUGGAACUCUUGUACGUCAGCCGCAAGGUUGACCACGCCUGGGUGCUCGCGCCGGUGAACAACAAAGCCGUGGCACAUGAGCAGGACCAGGCAAAGUACUGA